GCUAGGAACAAGCAUGUAAAGGCCUAGUUGAGAAAAGUUGAGGUUCCACCCAAAAACCAAUUGGCAAUAGUGGGAGAUAGCACGCUACGUUGCACAUUUGUGAUUUCAAACUUUGGAGUGGCUAGUUGGCAAUAGGGGAAGUGAUGUUCCGAUGUGGAGCAUUUCUUCACUCACACUAUAUUGUAGAUGUCUGGUAGGGGGAGAUUUCUACCUAGAGCUGUGUUAUUGUAUAAUUUUGAAGGACUUAGUGAAUUACAAUGCUGGAAAUUGUAAGAAAAUGGAGCACAACGAGACAGGAUGCCAAGCUUCUCCUGAAGCUCCCAAGCUUUGUGCCAACAACUGCGGAUUCUUUGGAAGUCCAGCAACCAUGAAUUUGUGUUCCAAGUGCCACAAGGACUUGGUGUUGAAGCAAGAACAAGCCAAAGUCGUUGCGGCAUCCAUUGGUUGUGUGGUGAAUGGCAGUCCCACUGAAAGUGGCAAGGGGCCUGUUGCUACUGCUGCUGUAGAUGUACAAGCUGGUUCUGCAGAUGUGAUGCUUAUCUCAACACAGGCUUCCUCUACGUCGUUGAACAUUAAGAGUGAGGAGAAGGUGAAAGAGACUCCUACGAGGUGCGGCACAUGCAGGAAACGUGUUGGUCUAACGGGGUUCAGUUGCCGUUGUGGAGAUCUCUUUUGUGCAGUUCAUCGGUACUCUGAUAAACACAACUGCCCCUAUGAUUACCGGACUGCUGCUCAGGAUGCAAUAGCCAAAGCCAACCCGGUUGUCAAGGCAGAAAAGCUGGAUAAAAUCUGAUAGAAUCUUGGACUAACGAGGGUUUAAUCCUUUUAUCUAUUGCACACAUGCUCUCAUUUCUACCCAUGUGGCUUCUGCUUCUGUUUAAGUUGAUCUGUGUUGUGUUAGGUCUCUUGUGUGAUAGAUGGUUGGAAGCUGUUGUGGGCAUUUUCAAAUGCCAGGAACGAUUGUGUGUAAUAAUCCCAGCCGUUCGUGACGGCCGUGAUGCCCUUACUUGGCUUUGCUAUGGAUGGUGUUUUGGAACUUGUUUA